GGUGGUGGACAACGCUUGAAGGUAACGGGAGCGCACAGCCCUGGGGAAAAGACUGGAUCAGCCUUAUGACAGCGCGCGACUAUAUCCCUCUCGCGCUCUCACUGUCUGCUCCGUUACAAUGCGCUAAAUCACCGGAACGAAUUCACUCGGAUUCCGUUUUUUACUGGAACUGAAUAAAUUAUCCCGACUCUUACAGAGUGGCAUUUCUACUCGCGAGGCUCUCGCGGCGGAGGACAAGGCUUAAUCGGAUUUCGAGAAACUGAGCUUUUUUUGGAUUCAAAGAGACGCUUCGAAGAUCAGGCUUAUUUUUCAUGCCAGAGUAACCAAAGAGUAGCUUAGAGUGUUCUAUAAAUAGCCUACGGAAUAAGAAACCGUCCACGACCACAGGCAAGAUUUUUUAGCUGAGACCAACACUGCGUUCUGUCACAGGAAAUAGCCGACAUCUGCGGCGUGCUGUUGAGCCUUCGCAAUAAUUUCGUCAAAGAUGACUGAAAACAACGAGAAAGAGAAUGACCCACAGAAUCGGGACUUUCAGCGCUCGCCAGGGACUCUCCCUAACCAUCCCGAGUCCAAGCUCCAGCGUCUGAAGCGCUCGCUCUCCCUGAAGGCGGUCAUGAGGAGUAAGAGUGUCGAUAACUUCUUCCAGCGCUCCCACCCCCCUCCCCAGCCAGAGCCGCGGCCCCCACCCGACCUCAUCGCCGAGCAACCGGCGCCCACCGUGCUGGAGCCCUGCCCCCCAUCGUCCCCGGCAACCAUCCCGGAGUGUUCGCCGUCGCUGUCGCCCUCGCUCAGCCCCAACCCCUCGCUGUGCUCCCAUUCGCCGUCGCUGAGCCCUUCGCUGUCACUCAGCUCCAAGGGCCCGCCCACCCCACAGAGGACGCACUGCUUCCAGGAGCACAUGUUCCGGCGGCCCACACUAUGCCAGCAGUGCCAGCAGAUUAUUACAGGUAACUCUAAGCAGGGUCUCCGCUGUAAGACCUGUAAGCUGGGCACUCACCUCUGGUGCUCCUCUGAACUCUCCCAGCAGCCCUGCAACGGCAAGUCUGGAGCGUUCAAACGAAACUUCAGUUCUCCGCUCCUGACUAACGACAUCCUGGGUGUGGUCAAAGAGACGCCCUCCAAAGAUGCAGGGAAAGGCAGCAUAGAUCCGGUGUAUGAGGCUCUGCGGUAUGGGACAUCUCUCGCUCAAAUGAGUCGCUCUAAUAUUGGCAGCAUCUCCGAGUCCCCCGGGCACAAGGGAGAGGAAGUGGAGGAGAGAUUACAGAGUGACUCCAUUACUGAGGAGGAACCCACCACCGACCAAGACGAUGUCUCUCCGUCUGACAGUGACAAGGCCAGUUCUGAGGACAGAGCCAGUCUAAAGGCCCCUAAGCGUAUUGAGGUGCACUCCAUUCACACAUAUGUGGCUCUUUACAAGUUCCUCCCUCAAGAGAAGAAUGACCUCGAGCUACAACCUGGUGACAGAGUGCAAGUCACAGACGACUCCAAUGAGGACUGGUGGAAGGGGAAGAGUGGGGGGAGAGUGGGCUUCUUUCCUGCCAAUUUUGUGCAGCGUGUGCGCCCAGGAGAGCGGGUGUGGAGGGUCACCCAGGGUUUCCACGGCAACCGGGACAAAGGUCAGAUGAGUGUGAAGGAGUCGCAGAUCUGUGUGGGUAAGGGAGAGGAGGUGGAUGGCUUCCUCAGAGUGAGCAGCGGCAAGAAACGCGGUCUGGUCCUCUCCACCUCCCUGCAGGAGAUAUGAGCCAACUGGAACACACACACA